GCUGCUAAUUAGUGUCCCAAGCACAUGCCCUCGGCCUGGCUUGCCCAGCCCCUGUGCGGGGUAGGGCCGCCCCAGUUCCUGCUCCACCCCAGAAGUGGCCGCAUCCAGGGGUGGGGAAGGGCCCGGCCCCUCCUGCCACUGCAUCCGCGCCCUCCGCUCUCCCCACCCGGCUGUCCUGGGCCAGGCUGGGGCACGGCAGAGAUGCCCGAGGCCGGAUCCAGAAGCCAGGGACAGGCGACCAGCCCUGGUCACAGCUGAAAUCCGUGGGCCCUGGCUCGAGGCGCCUGCAGCUUGCAGACGAUGGGCCCCGCGGAGCCAUCAAAGGGGUGCGGGAGCCACGAUCCAGCUAAGCCCCUCACGUUCCCCCUGCUCUCCGUCACCCUGCUGGCCUCCUUCGGCUCCUCCAUGCUCUAUGGCUACAACCUGGCCGUGGUCAACUCGCCGGCCGUGCACAUCAAGGCUUUCUACAACAUCACCUGGACCAAGCGCUACGGGCAGGGCCUGAGCCCCGGGCUCCUCACCCUCAUGUACUCGCUGACCGUCUCCGUCUUUGCGCUGGGGGGGCUGGUGGGGUCCCUGCCCGUGGGGGUGCUGGUGACCCGAUACGGCAGGAACGGGACCCUGGUUCGGAGCACGCUGCUUGUCUUCCUGGCCAGCGCCCUCAUGGGCUUUAGCCGUGCCCUGGCCUCGCCCGAGAUGAUCAUCACCGGCCGCUUCAUCACGGGCAUCCACUCGGGAGUCUGCCUCAGCGUGGUGCCCAUGUACCUGGGAGAAAUCGCCCCCAAGAACCUGCGUGGCUUCCUGGGCCUGGUGCCCAGCAUCUUCAUCUGCCUCGGCGUCUUCUCCGCCCAGCUCCUGGGCCUGCCCGAGCUGCUGGGGGAGGACGGGCACUGGCCGCUGUUCCUGUCCGUGGUGGCCAUCCCGGCCGCCCUGCAGCUCCUGCUGCUGCGCUGGUUCCCCGAGAGCCCCCGCUACCUGCUGAUCGAGAAGAACGACGUCCGCAGCGCCACCCAGGCGCUGCGCUGGUUCCUGGGGAAGCAGGACGUGCGGGAGGUGGUGGAGGAGAUGCGGGAAGAGCAGCAGUCGCUGUCCUCGGUGCAGACGGUGUCCGUGCGGCAGCUGCUGCAGGACCGCACCGUGCGCUGGCAGGUCCUCUCCGUCGUCGUCAUCAACGUGGGCAUGCAGCUCUCUGGCAUCGAUGCCAUCUGGUUCUACACCAACACCAUCUUCGAGAACGCCGGCAUCCCGGCGCCCGAGAUCCCCUACACCACCGUGGCCACCGGCGCCAUCGAGGUCAUCGCCGGCCUCAUCGGAUGCUUCACCAUCGAGCGCCUGGGCCGUCGGCCCCUCAUCAUCGUCGGCUUCUGCUUCAUGGGCAUCUGCUCCCUGGGCAUCACCAUCUCCCUGGUGCUCCAGACUGCCGUGCCCUGGAUGCGCUACAUCAGCGUGGCCUGCGUCGUUGGCAUCAUCGCCGGCUUCUGCAUCGGACCCGCUGGCGUCCCCUUCCUGAUGACCGCAGAGCUCUUCAAGCAGUCACACCGGCCGGCCGCCUACAUUGUGGGUGGCUCCCUCAACUGGCUCUCCAACUUCACCGUCGGCUUCGUCUUCCCCUUCCUGCAGAUGUCGGCCGGCGCCUUCUGCUACCUGGUGUUCUGCGGCGUCUGCCUGCUGGUGGCCCUCUACGUCCACGCCGUCAUCCCCGAGACCAAGAACAAGACCUUCGUGGAGAUCAGCCACAUCUUCGCCUCGCGUUGCGCCUUCCUGGCCCGCACCCCUGACCUCGUCCACAUGAGCAAGCUCCAUGGCUACGGCGCCCUUGAAAGCAGCUCCCUCGAGGACUCGGGAUCCAGCCAGGCCUGACUUCCCUGCCAGCUACCCCAGCCAGGUGCUGCUGCUGCCACUGCUGCCUGCACCCCCAGGCCUCUUGAGGGUGGGAGGGCUGGGAAGCCCCGGGGCUCAGACCCUGUUCCACAGCCCUCCCUGGGGCACCUCCCAGCCGCCAUCUCCUUCUUCCUCUCCAGCCCUGGGGAAUGGGGUCGGCUCCAUCCAGCUGCCCCAGCUCCACUGCACCUGGCGGAUCUGGGGACUCCCAGCAAGGGCCUGGGACUGGGGGGAGGUGACUCCCUCUCCUCCAAAUUAACACCCCCUGAGUGUUGGUGCUACACAGUCCUCCAGGGGUUCAUACGGAUGGCCCCAGGCCCCAGCUCACGGCAGCUCCAACCCACCGGCCCCCACCCCUCUUAUAGUGUAACUGCAGCAAGCCCCGCCUCCAGAGGCAGUGACAUCACUCCUGAUGGGAGGUGCUGGUUGGCUAGUGCUGCUGCCAGGCCCACCUGAAAAGGGGCAGGACUUCCUGGGGUGCCAGGUGGGGGGCAGGGCUAGGGCAGGACAGGGCAUGGUGGGUACAUCUGCACCAGGGCACGUAAUAAAGGAUGUGGCUAGAGGAGGCUGUGCCCGUGUGUGGGUUCAGAAGGGGGCAGGGGUGGGGGUGGCUCUGCUCUGGUUUGGGGCUUAGGCGCAGCACCCCCAGGGCAUCGGCAUCCCCCUAAGAGCUGAGCCGUUAGACAUGGGGGCCCUUCAGGGUGCCAGGAUGCAGCACUCCUGGGUUCUUCUCCCAGUACGGCCAGCCACCAGCAAUGCCCAACACCAGGGGCUCCUCCUGCCCGGGCCCCAGGGAAGAGGGUCCCUGGCUGCACUGGCACGUCUGCCAGGGGCAGCCGGAGCCUCCAGCAUGGGGCUCCGGCAUCGCGGGCGGUCGCCAGCCAGGGGCAAACAGAUCCAGAGGGAUCGGGUCCUCGCACAUCGCAUCCGCAAGGGCAGGGUCCUAUCGGGUUCGGAGCCCUGCGGCUGUGACGCACCCUGCCCUUCUGGGGCUUCAUGGGGCUCACUCCGGAGUCGCUCCGGAUUCCCUCCAGGGUGACUCAGUCCUGGAUUCACUCCGGGGUCUCCCAGAGACUGUCUGGACGCACUCCACAGUUGCUCUGGAUUCAGCUGUGGCUUCAAUCCAGAGUUAAUCCAGAUUAACGUCGGAUUCAGCCCCAGAUUCAGUCCCAAAUUCACUUGGGAGCCCAUCCCAAAUUCACUCCAAAUUCAGCCCAUUUCACUCCAGAGUCAGUCCAGACUCAGUCCUGGAUUCACUCUAGAGUCCAUAUGGAUUCCACUCUGAAUUCACUCCAGAUUCAGUCCAGAGUCAAUCCAGAUUCACCCCAGAUUAAGCCCUGGAUUCACUCUAGCCUCACUUUAGAGUCCGUCCUGGAUUCACUCCAGAGUCGCUCUGGAUUCAGCCUGGGUUCACUUCUGAGUCAGUCCCAGAUUCACUCCAGAUUGGGUCUGGCACUGACGAGAGGAGGCUGGGCACCCCUCUGCACAGCCCUGGAUUGGCUCCAGAGUGACUUCUUGAGGGCGGCUCUGGGCUGAGCCCCCUGCCUGGGAGGGUACCCAGGGCCCAGCGUUCAAAUCCUCUCCCCCCGCGCCAGCCUGCAGCAGGAGAAUCGCUCCCAGCUGAGUAGGGUCUAUGACACGUACUGGUGCAGUCCCUGUCCCAGAUGCUACAGGGCAGUGGCGCCACCCUCCAGCUCCGUCCAGCUGUGGGAGCAUGCAUGCGACACGGCUGCGCUGGCGGAGUCUGGCCUCCCCCGGGGUCAAUGCAGGGCGGGCAGGCCACGGGCAGCCUUCCAGGGGCGCGUCCCCCUGCUCCAGCGUGCAGCCCCCUCCCGGGAAGCCGGGGUAGCUCCCGCCAGGGGUUGCUGCCAUGGGGCAGAGGUUGGUGUCCACAAUGUACUGUAUAACACCCCCCCCCGCCCCCCUUGCAAUUCAGCUGCUGGAAAUGGGUGCGCGUUAUAACAGGAAAUACGGUAAGGGUGUUUCUGCGGUCACAUUGCACCGGGACACGGCCCCUCGGCCCCUUUCCUCCUGGCCGGGGAGCACACGGGACGGGCUUUCCGUGUCAUGCCGCCUUUGCGACGCAUGCUGCGGGUGUAGAUGGGCCCCCCGAAACGCCGCACUGCUAGAGCGGGGGGGCCGCGGCAGAGCCAGGGCUGCUGUGAGCUCUCCAUCCGAUCCAGGCGCGGCGAUGCCCGUGCUCUGCCGGGGGGUCCCAGGCCCCUGGGCUGUGCUGGUUGCCCCCCACCCCCUUUUCUGCUUCAUGUGUUGGGGGAGCGCCGGGGGCGCUGGGUGUUGGGGAUGGGCUGGGCUGUGCCAAUGCUCCUGCUGCACCAACCCCGCCAGGUCCUGGCUGGGGGGUUUGCCCCCAUGCUCAGGCUCAGCCCCACGCUGCACUGGGACAGGAAGGGAUUUCCCCCUGCUCAGACUGGUUUGCACUGGGGGGUUUUGCCUUCCUCCGGCCUGGGCUCUCUGCAGCGCCCGUGACCCCCCGGGUGCAGCAGGACGUUGGUGGCCGCGGCCCCGCUGUAUCCCGGGGGCAGGGUGGGGCGAUGCCAGGGGCUGUGUCGGGGCGACUGUGCCUUGUUGGACACGGGGUUUGUCUGGGCUCGUUUGGAAGGGGUUGAUCCUGCCUCAGGCCUGGACGUGACCCCGCAGCUCCCUGCCUGCCCCGCGGCUCCGGGACUCGGUGAUCCUACGACUCUGGAUGCCCGUGGGUGCAAAGGGGCCGCUUUGGUCGUGUGUCCGAGUCACUGCCGCCCCUCACUGCAGUGACAAACCCUGGGAGCGGUUUAUCCCGGAGGCUGGGUCCUGCCCCCGGCUCCCCCAGCGCCCCCGGCACGGCCUGUCCUCGGCGCGGCGAGAAGGGGAGCCGGCGGCAGCCGCGGCCUCUCUCCCCGGCGCCGCGGAGCCGAGCGGUAAAUAUGUGCAGCAUUACGUAUGUAUAAUGGAGUGUAAAUAACCCCAAAAAGUGCAUUGUAAAUAGACUCCAAGUUUAUCCUUUAUUAAUGAGGCACUGAGUGCCCUGCUGUUUUAGAGCAGCGCGACUUUCAUAAUAUCAAAACCUAAAUUACA